AUGCGCAGGUCAGCGCUGACGCUAGUGGAGCCCCACUUGUCUGCCUCUCUGCCCUUCUCUUUCUAUGACAGCGGGACCCGCCGUCAUCUCCUACCUCCCCACGGACUCCUCUUCACGCACGACCGUGCCACCCCGACCGAACCAGGCACGGGCGAUUCGCCCCGAUCCCUAACCCCCUCAAUCGAAUCCGUGGGCACAUACCGACUCCUCUCGAUCCCCUUACCCGAUUCCCGCAACCUCUGCUCCAGAUCGCCCUUCAAAUUGACAGCAUGGACCUCGCAAAGCUAUGCCGCCCGGGCUCCAUCUCCGGCCAAUCCUGUCGACCCCGAGACGCUCGGAUUCGAGCUCCCCAGCCAAACCAAUCUCGCCGGAGCUCCCAUCGCCAGCAACCCCUACACCGGAGGAAUUUGUCGCCACCAAGGGAGAGCACCAAACCGACCACGCCGAGCUCGCCCGGAGCAAAUCACCGCCACCCGUCGCUCCAGCCGUACACCGCCUGACGACGUCCCGUCGUCACUGACCUCACAACCUUCAUCGUCAUCACUCUGCGCACCUGCUGGUCCACCCUCCCUUCGCCUUGGUCCACCGGAGAGGCCACACCGAGAAACGCCAGAGCCACACCGACGUCGGAGUUCCAAACGCCACUUCUCCGUUGAAGCUUCCAUCGUCUCCGUCAUCAAGCUGCAUCCGCCUGUCACCUCAUCUUCACCGGAGAGCCACCGGAGGAGCGCCGCCGCCCACGCCCGAAGCCGUCGCCAUUUUCCCCUGCUUUGGUGAUCACGCGCGCACAACAACAUCUCAGCCAAUCCACAUGUGACACAUGGCGAUAUGCUACAGUAACCGCAGUUCAAAAUCAUGUUUUAGACAAAUUUUCUCCAAUUUUUCGUUUAGCUAUAUCUCUUGGUCUGCAUAUCCAAAUUCAUCGAUUCUUUUU